AUGGGACGUGAAAUAGUUACAUUACAAAUUGGAAACGAUUCCAAUAAUGUCGGUACAGAAUUAUGGAACCAACUAGAUGUUGAGCAUACCCAUGAUAAUACGUUAAUCGAUUAUAAUACAUAUUAUACAUUUAAUAAGAAAACAAAUGUUCCAUCACCUCGUGUAUUAAUAAUUGAUUAUCGAAAUACAUUUGGAACUUUAUUCAAUGAAAAAGAACCUAAUGUAAAAUCACCCGAAAAUACUUCAUCAAUUGAAAUAGUAAAUCGUGAGAUUGAUGAUAAUUUUUGGUCGAAAAAUUUAAAAACAAAAGCGAAAUUUAAUAGAAAAUCGUUAAUACCAUUGAUUGACUAUUGGUAUUAUUCAUCAAAUCAUAAUGAAGAAAAUCAAUUUGAUAUCUAUCCAAUCGGGCAACAAAUCUAUAAGAAAAUGUUCGAUCAAAUCGAACAUUCUCUACACUAUUUAUUAGAAUCGUGUGAUUCACUACAAAGUUUCCGUUGUUUAUACGAUGUUAAUGAUAGUUUUUCCGGUUUAUUUACUUCAAUGCAGGAUUAUUUGGUUGAUGAAUGUCCUAAGAAACCCAUCUGGUCAUUUGGUAUCGGCGAUAGACCUUCAUCAUUAAAUUUAUCCAUGUCAGUAGUGCAUUCAUUGGUUGAAAAUCAAAUGCCGACAAUUCCAUGCCUUAGUAGUAAUAAGGAUAAAUCUAAAUUAUCCUUAUCAAUUCAACAUUCAUUGUUACACUCAAAUGUAACACUUGAUUUACUGGCUGAUCGUUUAUGUCCGAUGAAGAAACAUUUCUUAAAACUAUUUUCAAAAAUCCCAUUAGAUUUACAUGAUAAAACGUUGCAUAAUUAUUUGGAUUUCAAUGAUAUAUUUCGACUAGAAAAACCACUUGCGUGCCAUUAUUUUAUUCGUGGAAUUGAACAAAAACAAUUAUAUAAUCAAGAUGUGUAUAAUUUUAAUAUUCAAACAUCGGCUGAAUUAAUAGCGACUUAUUUACGAGAACAAUAUGGCACAAAAAUGUUUUUGUCAACUGAUUCUUGGAUUGAAAAAUAUGAUCAUAUGUCAUUUAUAACAGGCUUGUUUAAUGAUGAUAGCUAUUCGUUGAAAUUUUUCGAGAAUUUAAAAGAUGAUCUGAAAAAAAUUAACUAUAAAACUGUAUCAAAACGUUGGGAGGAAAAUGAGUUCGAUGAGCAAAUGUUUGAACAAUUAAUGAAUAAUUUAAAUACUCUGCAUGAACAGUAUCAAUAA